CUGAUACCAAUGACUCGGCGAUGAAAUCAUGCUGGCGCUGGACUGGGCGCAUUCCCAUCGCUUGCCUCCCGGAUUCCGUAAAGGGAUGGAUGGAUGAUGGCACCGUCGAAUCUGAACCUCCUCCGCCUCCGCCAGCAGCUCCCCCUCCCAGUACCCUCUGUUUCCCGCCUGGGCUUUCUCUAUGUAGGGGCCCGUCGCCAACUCUUCUCCGUAACUCCAUCCUGUCAUUCUCGCUUGCUGUGAUGAUGACUCUCUCCUGCCCCCCGUCCGAGGGCAGUUCCCCUCUGCCCACCCCUGUGUUCUCCGCCCCCUCUACGCCGGAGACGGAGCGCGACGAGGACUGCUUCGACCUGGCCCUCGCUGCGCUGCCGGCCCUUCCCGCGGCCGCCGCGCCCUACAUCCUCGUCACCGGCGGGCUGGGCUAUAUCGGCAGCCACACGGCGCUGGAGCUGCUGAAGGCGGGCUACAAUGUGCUGCUGGUGGACAACCUCAGCAACAGCUACCGGGAGGUAUACGACCGUAUUGUGCAAGCCGCCAAGCAGCACUACGCGCGUGUCGGCGGCGACUGUCCGCAGGCGGAACUCGCCUGCGUGGACUAUCGCGACACCGCCGCGAUGCGACAACUUCUGGCCGCGCACGCCGUCACCGAUGCGGAGGAGGAAGAGGAGGAGGCGGCAGAGGCAGAGAAGGCUGCCUCCCGGCCCCCGCGCUCCAACAUUACCGGGGUGAUCCACUUCGCCGCCUACAAGGAAGUGCACGACAGCCUGCGCAACCCGCUCAAGUACUACCAGAACAACAUCAGCGGCCUGGUGGACUUUGUGACCCUGCUGGACGAGCAUCAAAUCAAAACCUUCAUCUUCUCCUCCUCCGCCAACGUCUACGGGACGCUCUCCGCCACCCACCGCACUCUGCGCGAGGAGCACUGCGUCCACCAACCCGCCAGCUACCCGGGCCCCGACGGCCAACCCAUCCCCGUCACGCAAGGCUGCACGGGGAUCACGAACCCCUACGGGCGGACGAAGUUCUUUGGCGAGGCCAUCCUUUCCGACCUCGCCACCGCCGACCCCUCCUGGACGAUCCUCGGGUUGCGGUACUUCAACCCGGUCGGGUGCGACUCCUCGGGCCUCCUGGCGGAAGACCCGCGGGGGACGCCGUCGAACCUCGUCCCGGUGGUGGUGAAGGUGUUGACGGGGGAGUUGGCGGAGCUGUCGAUCUACGGGGGGGACUGGACGACGCCGGACGGGACGGCAAUCCGGGAUUUCAUUCACGUUUCGGACGUGGCGCGCGGACAUAUCGCGGCGCUGGCGGCGGCGCAGGAGGGGCGCGUCGUGGAGUCCUUCCGCACCUUCAAUCUGGGGACGGGCUGCGGCCACUCGGUCGCGGAGGUCGUCACGGCCAUGGAGGCGGUCACUCAGCGUCGCAUCCCGCGACGCACGACGGAGCGACGGCCGGGGGAUGUGGAAUCGUGCGUCGCGAGUGCGGACCGCGCGGCGGUGGAAUUGAGGUGGAAGGCGGAGAAGUCGUUGUUGGAUGCGUGUGGGGAUUUGUGGAAUCAAUUACGCGCGGGGGAUAGAUGGUGUGAGAGGUGAUAUAAUGAUCUUCACGGUCCUG